CUUCACUCAUUAUCACAAUUACCUGCGUCUUCAACGAGCACAUGACAUGCGCUAGCGGGGAUGUUUUUUUUGAGUGAGCAUCUGAUGCACGUUGUUACUCUAGCCAGCUUGCAGUUAUAAUAUCCAUACUCUUGUACCUCAACUUCCCUCGUACUGUAUCUAGCUAGUAGCUUCACAAUACAUCCAAAUCAAGAAAAUAUUGCAUAUCGAAGCAGUCGCCAAGUAGUAACGAGUAUACAAUCCUGAAAUGUCCAGCUUCCAUCCACCGCCUGGUCCUCCACCAGGUCAACAGAGCUAUCAACCUCCUCCAGGACCACCACCGAGCCAGAAACUUCCAGCAUACGAGACGCAAUCACCUCCAUAUCCUCACAAUUGGACCAUCAUUCCUGAUACCUCGGAGCUUCCACCUCCGCCAUCGCUAUCAUAUGAAGUCUCACCAGCUGCAAAUGCUUCUCCAGGAGACGCUUAUCGCGGAGCACAAUGGUGUUUAAAGAAUCGAUUAUGGGCACCACGACCUUUAACCGCAGAGCAGCGCGAAGAAGUUCAAGCAGGAUCUCUGCGACUCAUCAAACAAAAUCCAUAUCUCGGAGACGUCCUCGAAAACGGUAGACCAGGCACAUAUAGCUGCAGAACACAUGCCAGCUGUGCAGAUUCGAUCCUAUUGACGCACCUGCCAGCCUAUUCGGCGUUGCAUGAUAGCCCAUCAGUGACGGGAAGAAGCAAAACAAUAUAUUUCGAGAUACGUCCCUUGGUGCUAGGUCGUGACGGACAAUCGAACCAGUAUUCUGGACCACAGCAUGAAGUGACGAAGAGCGAAAAGCACGGAAUCAAGAAUUUUUCGAGACUGUUUUCGCGCUCGUCUAACAAACAGAAAGAGGUCUCAUCCUCUGGUCCAUCUAACAUGGUGCAGAACACGGACUCCGGGAUAGCCAUAGGUUACUGCGCGCCGCCGUAUCCGCCAUUCCGGCUGCCAGGGUGGCAUCGUGGGAGUCUAGCGGUCCACUCUGACGACGGGCAUCAGUACAUCAACAACGAUGAAGGAGGGUCCGAUUUUACUACGCCGUUCUACGAUGCCCAGGUUGUUGGGAUAGGUAUGACGUUUUCUUUGCCUCGAAAACCACCUACGUACGAGGGAGGAAGUCAAAAUCCGCUAGAUAUCGAGGUCUUCUUCACGAGAGAUGGUGUGAAGACGGGGGGAUGGGACGGGAACGCAGAAUUAGACUCAAAAAGUGCCGAAGGCGCAGUCGGUCUGAAAGGCGAGUGUGAUCUCUUCCCUGUGGUCGGUGUUUUCGGGGGUGUCGAUUUCAGCGUUGUUCUCGACCCAUCAGGUUGGGUGUACACUCCUCCCGAGUAGCAAGACCAUAGAUGUCAUGACACAAAUGCCCGUGCGAAUGAAUAAGUCAAGAUGUCUUCAUUCUUUUUUGCCUCAUGCCCU